CGCGCGCGUCUCCGCCGGCAGCUCCCUCCCCCCGGCCCUCCCGUUCCCGGGCGGCCGGUCUGAAGCGGCGGCGCAAUGAGCUGGCCGGCCGCCCCCGGCUCGGGGCUGUGAGGCGCUCGGGGCCGGGGUGCGCGGCGGCGCGGCGGGCGGCGGACGCUCCUGCUCGGCGGCGGCCAUGCGCGCGGGCCGGGGCGGAGUCCCGGGGACCGGCGGCCUGAGGGCCCCGCCGCCGCCGCUGCUGCUGCUGCUGCUGGCGCUGCUGCCCGCCGCCGCCCCGCGGUCCCCGGCCCUGGCCGCCGCUCCCGCGGGGCCCAGCGUGAGCCUCUACCUGAGCGAGGACGAGGUGCGCCGGCUGCUCGGUCUUGAUGCAGAACUUUACUAUGUGAGAAAUGACCUUAUUAGUCACUACGCUCUGUCCUUUAACCUGCUAGUGCCCAGUGAGACAAACUUCCUGCACUUCACUUGGCAUGCAAAGUCCAAGGUUGAAUAUAAGCUGGGAUUCCAAGUAGACAAUUUUGUGGCUAUGGGCAUGCCCCAGGUCAAUAUUUCUGCUCAAGGGGAAGUCCCACGCACUUUAUCAGUGUUUCGGGUCGAGCUUUCCUGUACCGGCAAAGUAGACUCUGAAGUCAUGAUAUUAAUGCAGCUCAACCUGACAGUAAAUUCUUCAAAAAAUUUUACAGUUUUAAAUUUUAAACGAAGGAAAAUGUGCUACAAAAAACUUGAAGAAGUAAAAACUUCAGCCUUGGACAGAAACACUAGCAGAACUAUUUAUGAUCCUGUACAUGCAGCUCCAACCACUUCCACGCGUGUGUUUUAUAUCAGUGUAGGGGUUUGCUGUGCAGUAAUAUUUCUUGUAGCAAUAAUAUUAGCCGUUUUGCACCUUCAUAGUAUGAAAAGGAUUGAACUGGAUGACAGCAUCAGCGCCAGCAGUAGUUCCCAAGGGCUAUCUCAGCCAUCCACCCAGACGACUCAGUAUCUGAGAGCCGACACACCCAACAAUGCGACUCCCGUCACCAGCUCCUCAGGUUAUCCUACCUUGAGGAUAGAGAAGAACGACUUGCGGAGUGUCACUCUGUUGGAGGCCAAAGCCAAGGUGAAGGAUAUAGCAAUAUCCAGGGAGAGGAUAACACUGAAAGAUGUUCUUCAAGAAGGUACUUUUGGGCGUAUUUUCCAUGGGAUUUUAGUAGAUGAAAAAGAUCCAAAUAAAGAAAAACAAACAUUCGUAAAAACAGUCAAAGAUCAAGCUUCUGAAGUUCAGGUGACGAUGAUGCUCACUGAGAGUUGUAAGCUUCGAGGCCUCCAUCACAGAAACCUUCUUCCUAUUACUCAUGUGUGCAUAGAAGAAGGAGAAAAGCCCAUGGUGAUACUGCCAUACAUGAACUGGGGGAAUCUUAAAUUGUUUCUACGACAGUGCAAAUUAGUAGAAGCCAAUAAUCCACAGGCAAUUUCCCAGCAAGAUUUGGUACAUAUGGCUAUUCAGAUUGCCUGUGGGAUGAGCUACCUGGCAAGAAGAGAAGUGAUCCAUAAAGACCUGGCUGCUAGGAACUGUGUCAUCGACGACACUCUUCAAGUGAAAAUCACGGACAAUGCCCUUUCCAGAGACUUGUUUCCCAUGGACUACCACUGUCUAGGGGACAAUGAGAACAGGCCAGUACGAUGGAUGGCUCUGGAGAGCCUGGUUAACAAUGAAUUCUCCAGUGCUAGUGAUGUGUGGGCCUUUGGAGUGACACUGUGGGAGCUCAUGACUCUGGGCCAGACGCCCUACGUGGACAUCGAUCCCUUUGAGAUGGCCGCUUACCUGAAGGAUGGUUACCGAAUAGCCCAGCCAAUCAACUGCCCUGAUGAACUGUUUGCUGUGAUGGCCUGUUGCUGGGCCUUGGACCCAGAGGAGAGGCCUAAGUUCCAGCAGCUGGUCCAGUGCCUCACAGAGUUCCAUGCCGCCCUGGGAGCCUACGUCUGACUUCACUCCCAGCCCCACAGCCCAGAAAAAAGUGCCUGAUGCAGAUGCUGUGCAUGCAGCACAGCGCCUGCAGAAGCCCCCGUGUCUCCCAGAACACCGUGCCUUAGAAUGCUUCCAAACUGAACUUUAAAGACACACUUCAUGUGGAGUAUUUUCUAGAAACCACUUUUAUUAGGUUGAACUGAAAGGGGUUUUGUAAAUUUUUUGGCCAAAAUUUUUUUAAAAAUAUAGUUACUUUGGACUAGGGGGUGCAUCCUUAAAAAAAGUAAAUAAACAGUUUUAAAGAUUGUUUAGACACAGAUGUUUGGAACAGCUGUCUUAGUACCAACUUCUUUUAUUUCUAUGUUUUGCUUCAUUGAGGUAAUGAGGUGACUCACCUUUAAAGCUAUUUUAAUAUUUUUGUCACUGCUUUUGGGAAUGGUUUGUCUGCAAAAUGUGGUGCUUUUCCUAGGAAAAACAGCAUAAAAAGAUGUCUGGUUUGCGCUAUACAAGGAAAGAUAGUAUAUGAAUAGAAGGAAAAUUGAAGACAAGGUAAAGAGAAAAAUAUAAAAAGCAACAACAGCAAUAACAAAAACCAUAUUGCCCCUGCAUGGAAAAUUGCUUGUUUAGUGAACGUUGCUCUGCUUUCGUUUCGGGAAGCAGUGGCUGAGUUCAUCACAUCUCAGCUUUCCUGUGAGCUAGAAGAAGGCUGAGGGCAGAUUUGUAGGAAACAGUGGGGGCUUAUUUAUUUUUGCUUUCUGGGCAAAGAGAUGGUAUGGUUCCUAAAGUGAACCCUCUCCACGCCUGCUGCUCCCUCUGUGUGCACCUGGGCUUGUGCUAUGCACAGCUGCUGCUUCGGUUGUGGGCUUGGGUAGUUUUUGUUUUUCGUUUCAAUUGGUAAUUUUUAUGCUUAUCUUCAAGACUGGCUUUAGUAUAAAUUUGUUUUUUAAAACACUUGAAAAAUUAAAGGACUCAUUUUAUA